AUGUCUCUCAUGAAUGGUCUGAGAGAAAAGUGGCGGACAAGGAAGAAUCUCCGGAGGCGAUCGACCUUGAACACCAACUCGGAAUCUGCACCGCAACAGGGGUCUACUCCAGGACUAUUAUCGCUCCAACACAGCAACAACUCAGGAAUUGUUCCUGUAGCACCACUUGGGCGCAUACUAGAGUUAGACCUGCCAGUUCAUCCCCUCGACCCAUCGCCCUCUUCGAGUCCUGUUCCGCCCCUCGACACUCCUACUAUCGACUCACCAUCACCACUACAGCCACCGCUACUGCCGGACCAGCCUAGAGGGCCACCAGUAUUAGGCAGUCAGGAAUCUAUCAUCCAGAUACCUCUUACCAACCAUACCUUACCACCACUACCGCUCUCCGGAAAGUCUGCACGACGGAAAAGCACAGUUUGGCUCGUUCAGACGCUCGACAAGGUGGUCCUCACCCUUUCACCCUUUUCACCACCAAAGUCGACCAAAGGGACCUCAAAGUUCUUUCGCCUGCGACGGAACAAGAACCGUGAGGAUAAACUUGCAGCAGCACCCUCAAAGGAUAGCAAGGACAACACAUUAACAAAUGGCAGCAAACAUCGCAAAUCCAGCAAAGACAUCACUACAAUUGCGCCAACUACAACCACAAAAACAACAAACAACAGCCCAAAAUCGACCCUCGAUACCUCCUCCUCGUCAGAUCUGGAAGACCUGGCGGACAUUGACCUCCGGUCCUUCUACGACCAUCGAUCAGAGGACCCUGCGCACCGGAUGGUCUUUAUCGCAGGCCCUGAACAUUUCUACUACCUCGCCCUCCAACUCGAGACCAGCCCCCGUUUAGAAUACCAGCUAUACGGCAAGGACCUCUUUAUUCGUUCUGCAGGACUCGGAUACGCCCCUGCACAGUUCAAACUUGGAAUUUGUUACGAGUUGGGGUUGGCGCAUUUUCCUAUGGACCCCUCACAUUCCUUUGUAUGGUACAAGAGAGCCGCCAUGCAGGGGCAUGCAGAUGCGGAGCUAGCCGUCUCAGGGUGGUAUCUUACGGGCCAUCCGCAAGGGUUGAUCCAGUCUGAGCCCCUUGCCUUCGAAUGGGCCUCCAAGGCUGCACGACGUGGUUGGUCCAAGGCCGAGUAUACACUGGGACAUUAUCAUGAAGUUGGGAUUGGAGUGCCUCAGGAUCUGCAGCUCGCCAAACAAUGGUACCUCAAGGCUGCUGCACGAGGGAACGAGCGGGCGCUGUUGAGGCUGUUGGUUGGUCAUGUCGGGUUGGAGGUCGACUAUGCUCAUCUCAAGGACGCUCUCUUGGCACAGAAUGAGAACAACCCGUACCUGCUCCAUCAGCUGGCCCAGUUCCAUGAGCUCCGCGAGUAUGGUCUCGUCCCGGACGAGGAUGCGGCGUUCGAGCUGUACGCUGCCUCAGCGCAAGCCAGCUAUGCCCCCGCACAGUACAAACUAGGCGCCUGUUACGAGUUUGGAAUCCUAGGCUGUCCACGAGAUCCAGUCCAAGCCGUACACUGGUACGGCCAAGGCGCCGAGAACGGACAUGUCGAAGCCCUACUAGCCCUAGCCGGAUUCUAUCUGGACGGGAGUGCGGGAUCGGCCGCAGAACAGAGUGACGAGGAGGCGUUCAGAUAUGUCAAGGCUGCUGCGCAGAGAGGGGUCCCCAAGGCAGAGUAUAUUACGGGGUUCUUUUUGGAGUACGGGUUGGGGAUUGAGCGCAACCCGAGAGAGGCCAAGCAGUGGUACCAUCUUGCUUGUGCCAAGGGCGUUGAUUCUGCUGAGCGGCGGUUGAAGGAUCUUGAGCGAUCAGCUGCCACCGUUGUCGCCAACUAA